AUGAUAAAGCCAAUCAAACGCUACCAGAAUAUUAACCAUCUUCUUCUUUGUAAACAAACUCUUUUCGGAACACAUUCCAGUGGUUUUCAGAAAAAAGAAAAUGAAAUUGCUAAAUACUUAUGGAAUCAACAUUCCGCAACACACAACAUUCGAAAUUUUCAUUUAAAAAAGGAUUUACCAACUCCCAAACGCGUAGUUGUCACAGGAGUUGGUGUCGUGUCUCCUCUUGGUCUCUCUGUUGAAACCUUUUGGCAAAACAUGUUAAAUGGAAAAUGUGGAAUCAAAAAUUUACCUUUCGAUACAUUCACUGAAAGAGAACAAGCUAUUUGGACAAAAAUUGGAAACAAAAUUGGAGGAUAUAUAGAUCCUGUGGAACUGGAUUCGAAAUUGGAUCAAUGUUUGGCAUUUACCGAGUCAUCAAAUAGAGAAAAGAGUAUUACUAAAUCGAGAUUGUCAAAAUUUAUUCAAUUUGGAAUGGUUGCUGCCUAUGAAUCCAUUAUUGAUUCUGGAUUGGAUAUUAAAUCUUUGGACAAGACACAAAUUGGAGUCUCAAUGGGUUCUUCACUGGGGGCAGGUGAGGAAAUGGGAGAAGCAUACAUGCUCGUAGAAAAUGAGCAACACAAAAAAGUCAGUCCUGUAUUUUAUCCUAGAAUUUUGAAUAAUAUGGCAGCAGGUUAUAUUGCCAUGCAACAUGAUUUACAAGGUCCCAUGAUGAGUUGUUCAACAGCAUGUGCAACAGGAGCUCACAGUAUUGGAGAAGCAUUUCAAUUCAUCCGACAAGGACAUGGUAAAGUCAUGUUAGCUGGUGGAUGUGAAAAUUCAUUCUAUCCUGUGUUUUAUGUUGGAUUUAAUAGAGCAAGAGCACUUUCAUCAGGAAAUGAUCCAGAAACAGCGAGUAGACCAUUUGAUAAGAACAGAGAUGGGUUUGUCAUGUCUGAAGGAGCAGGAUGUUUAGUUUUAGAAGAAUUGGAACAUGCUCAAUCUCGAGGUGCUAAAAUAUAUGCCGAGCUUGUUGGAUAUGGAACAUCAGGAGAUGCCUAUCAUCCUACCGCUCCAUCCCCAGAUGGAAGAGCAGCCAUGACAGCCAUGAGAAAUGCCAUUCGUGACUCCAUUGUGGAUGUCAAAUUGUCAGACAUUAAUCAUGUGAAUUGUCAUGCUACAAGCACACCUGCUGGUGAUAAGGUAGAAUUAUUUGCCAUUCAAAAAUUAUUUGAGAAUGAUCAUCCAAUUUAUGUCAAUAGUAUGAAGGGAUCACUUGGGCACAUGUUGGGAGCUGCAGGUGCCAGUGAAUCUGUUGGAACGGUUCUCUCCAUUUAUCACAACAAAAUUCCACACACCCUUAAUUUUGAACGUGUCGAUGAUGAUUCCAACCUCGAUUCAAAUAAGGUGAGAAUUGUUGCCAAGGAUCCAUUGGAGAUUGAAGUGAAAGCAGCACUUUGUAAUUCGUUUGGUUUUGGAGGUACCAAUGCAAGUCUCCUUUUUGCUAAAUACAUUCCUUAA